UUUUUUUAAUUUAUUUCCUUUUAAAUGAAAUACCUCAAAUAAUCGCAAUUUGGGCGAAAAAGCUUCUACUUUUUCAUGUCGACCAUCUUCUUGGACACACAUAGGAAUUGUAAGAAGGUGAUUCUUGUAUCCUUGAGCUUCAUCGACUUCUCAACAUCUUCUUUGAUUUUGAUCAUUGCAGUCAAUGACGAUAGAGUGGGGAUCGGGCGACAAUAGAUGAGUUCGCCUUGGUGAAAAUUAAGCCAAAACAGUUUGGAAACGAUGGAGGCGAUGGACGAAAUCACCCAGCAAUGGCGAUGGAGACGGAAACGGGAGAUGAGGGGUUGUGAUUCUUCUCAUGCCAUUGGGCUUCAUCAAGUUCUAGCAUCUCCCAAUAUUUCAGAAAUUAAAAUCGACAGUGAUGGAGUAAGUGAUUGAUAGAAACAACGAAGAAAGUGGGAAAUCGAGUUUGAAUUGUAAGAAAAUGCGACAGUAAUGGAUGACUUCACCAAGCAAUGGAGACAGAAUCGAGAAUUGGGGAUCGCGAUUUGCGGAGUAGGAAUAUUUGGGGGUGAGGGUGGUUGCUUUGAAGGGCUGCCAACGUUGGGUGCUGCUGCCGGAGUCCGUGAAGGACAACAAAGAAAGCUUCAAGAAAUGGAUAGACUCAGAUUAGGGUUUUGUAGGGGAGGGGGAGGGGGAGGAGUGCAUAUCAGGGAAGUACAGAAGAUGAAGAUGAAGAUGAAGAUGACAUGGGGUUGGGAUUGGGAUUGGGGAGCAAAUAAAAAAACUAAUUUUAUGGGGGUUUAUGGAAAUAGCAUUGGGAAUGGGAAUCGAGUUCCGAGUGUGGAAAGUGACUUGGGAAUCCAUCAUAUACUUAGAAACGAAAGUUUGGGGGGAGAUUCACAAGCUGCUCAAAUCGAAGCUUUUCUCAAUAGGGUGAGCAAAUGGGUUGUCUCAAUAGUGAUCGGUGCCACAAUUGUGUGGCGCCAUGAUGCUGAAGCCUUAUGGGCUGCUACGGGUGCUGUUGUAAAUACUGCACUCUCUAUUACGCUUAAAAAGUUAUUCAAUCAACAGAGACCCGUUUCAAGAUUAAGAUCCGACCCGGGAAUGCCGUCUUCCCACGCCCAAUCAUUCUUUUAUAUGCUCACGCUUCUUAAUGUCUCAUUUAUGGAGCGAUGGGGGAUUAACUUAUUUACUGCAAUUUUAUUCACCAUGCUCUUCGUUGUUGCCUCAUACUUUUCAUGGUUGCGGGUUUCCCAACAGUUUCAUACAAGUGAGCAAGUUAUUGCUGGAGCCGUUGUUGGAUCUGCUUUCGCCAUUUUGUGGUUUUGGUGGUGGUAUGCCUUGGUGGUUCAUUCAUUCACAUCUUUAUUGUGGACAACACGGAUCAAGACUCUAAAGAAAAUUGAUCGAGAGUCUAAAUAGGAGUAUUUCAUGCACUCUUUAUUGUUAUGAUAUAUAUUUGUAUUAUAUUAAGAUAAAUUAUGUGUUAUCUGGACUCUUGUUCUUUGUGUUGCAUCUAUCCUACCAAAUGAACAACUUACCAAUUUGUUAGCUCAAAAUCCUAAUAAUAUCGAUUUCUACAACCUGUUCUA